GGGCCUAAAAUGGACACAGUGGGAGAUAAAGAUGUACCUAUAUUUCGCCUGAAUGAAAUUGGAUUCCGAGUAUAUAGUGAUGAAGAAAUAAAGGCAUUAAGUGUGAAAGAAAUAUCACAUCCAAUAUCAUUUGAUAACUUAGCUCAUCCAAAUGCAAAUGGGCUUUAUGAUUCUAGUUUAGGUCCGUAUGAUCGUGGAGAAGUAUGUUCUACCUGCGGUCAAAAUAACAUACAUUGUCCGGGUCACAUAGGUCAUAUACAGUUAGCAUUGCCUGUAUAUAAUCCUCUGUUUUUUAAACAACUAUAUAGGUUGUUAAAAGGGACCUGUUUUGAAUGUCAUCGUUUAACAGUAAGCCUGGUAGAAUCCUGUUUAUUUGUAAGCCAGAUUGAAUUAUUAGACGCAGGAUAUGUUACAGCUUUUCUAGAAUUAUCUGAACAUGUCAUCUCUAUGGUAAAAGAUAGAGAUAUGAAUGAAAUGUCCGUAUUUAUAGAAGUCAAACAUUUCAUCACCAGCUUUAUCAAGAAAAUUGUCAAUAAUGGUGUGAAUGAGAAACAACCUGGAUUAAGCCACAUUGAAUCAUGUCACAAAGCACUUGUUGCUAACUUUAUUGAUAUGAUAGUGUCGAUGAAACUGUGUCCUCAUUGUAAGAAAAAGAAAGUUAACAUACGACAAGAAAAUAAUAGUAAAAUAGUUAUAAGUUUAAAGUCUUCAAGAAAGAUAAUAAAAGAAAAAGAAAUGAUUGAGGCAAAUAUCAAAAAAAAACGUCAAAAUAUUGAUGAUAAUGAUAGUACAGAAGGAUUGGAUGUUCUAGAAAUGGAUGAUCAAAAGACCACCACAAUAGAAGAAUCUAAUGAAAAACCGGAUGAAAGUAUUUCCAAAUUUUUUGAUGGAAGCAUGGAACAAACUCUGUUAACUCCAUCAUCUGUCAAGGAACACUUAAGAGUUAUCUGGAAAUCCGAUGAAACGAUUUUAAAAAAGAUAUUCCGUGCUCUUGAUUUUUCUGAUUCAGACUAUAUUUCAACAGAUGUAUUUUUUAUGGAAGUGAUACCGGUACCACCAUGUAGAUUUAGACCAAUUGCUUUUCGAUCUGGUGGAUUUAGUGAACAUUAUCAGUCUGUUAGCUUAAAUAGAAUUAUAAUGGAUAAUGUUAUAUUAAAAUAUAUCUUACAAUCAGCUGAUAAAACAAAUCAAGAUAAAACAUUGGAUGUUGAAGAAUUUGCUCAGAGAGCAAUGAAUACAGUGAAAGGUAAAACAUCAACUGAGAAACUUCACUUCUGCUGGCAGACAUUACAGAUGCAUGUUAAUUGUAUGAUAGAUAGUGAUAUAGAUAAAUAUAAUAAACAAGAUACUAGAAUGCCCGGUAUUAAACAGUUAUUUGAGAAAAAGACUGGGUUGUUUAGAAUGCAUAUGAUGGGAAAGCGAGUUAAUUAUGCUUGUCGUUCAGUUAUCUCCCCUGAUCCAUGUUUAAAUACCAAUGAAGUUGGAGUACCUCUUGUAUUUGCUACCCGUCUGUCCUACCCACAACCUGUUACACCAUGGAAUAUACAUGAACUACGUCAAGCUGUUAUUAAUGGACCUUUGAUUCAUCCCGGGGCGUUAUAUGUUGAAAAUGAAGAUGGAUUUUUAACGAAAUUACAUCCAACUGAUCAGUUACAGAGAGAAGCUAUAGCUAAACAACUAUUAACACCAUCAUCUACAUCCAAAUCUCUUCUGGGCUGUAAAAAGGUUUAUCGUCAUCUGAAGAAUGGAGAUGUUAUGUUAUUAAAUCGUCAACCAACUUUACAUAAACCCAGUAUUCAGGCUCAUAGAGCUCGAAUACUGCCUGGACAGAAAACGUUAAGAAUGCACUAUGCUAACUGUAAGGCCUAUAAUGCAGAUUUUGAUGGAGAUGAAAUGAAUGCACAUUUUCCACAAAAUGAGAUGGCAAGAUCAGAGGCUUAUUCCCUUGCAAGUACAGAUUAUCAGUAUUUAGCACCUAAAGAUGGUGCACCAUUAGCUGGGUUAAUUCAAGAUCACAUGGUAUCAGGUGUAGCUCUAACUAUACGUGGUAGAUUCUUUAAUAGAGGUGACUAUUUUAAUAUGGUAUAUUCAGCUUUAUCAGAUAAAUAUGGUAAAGUUAAAACACUGCCACCAACUAUUAUACGUCCACACAAACUCUGGUCGGGAAAACAGGUAUUAUCUACAGUGUUGUUAAAUAUUAUACCUGAAGGAUGUCAACCUCUUAGUUUAAAUGGUACUGCAAAGAUCGGAGAAAAGAAUUGGGAGAAAAUGAAAUCAAAUAUAGAUGAUAAAUUGGCAUCAUUAGGUGAAUCAAUAGUUAUAAUAAGACACGGUGAAUUAUUACAAGGUGUUUUAGAUAAAGGUCAUUAUGGUAAUACACCUUUUGGUCUAGUUCAUUGUUGUUAUGAGCUAUAUGGUGGUGGUGUAGCUGGUACCUUGCUGUCAUGUUUAGGAAGAUUAUUUAACGCUCAUCUCAAGUUACGUGGAUUUACAUUAGGUGUGGCUGAUAUUCUUGUUACUAAAAAGGCUAAUAAGAAAAGAUCUAAAAUAAUAAGAAAGUAUCCAAGGGUAGGUAUGGAGGCUGUAAAAAAAGCACUAGGUUUACAAGAUAGUGUUAGUGAAGAAGAAAUGUUGGCAGGAUGGAGGAGUGCACAUUAUAAUACAACAGAUGAUCGAGGUUUAAGAGAGAUAGACGUUAGUAUGAAAAGUAAAACUGAUGUUGUACAAAAUAAAAUAGCAAAUGUCUGUAUGCCUGGUGGAUUAGAGAAAAAAUUUCCUGAUAAUAAUCUACAACUUAUGGUUUUAUCUGGUGCUAAAGGUUCUAUGGUAAACUGUAUGCAGAUAUCUUGUUUAUUAGGACAGAUUGAGUUAGAAGGUAGACGACCACCUUUAAUGGUUAAUGGUAGUACAUUACCAUCAUUUUUACCAUAUGAUACUUCACCUAAAGCAGGUGGUUUUGUUUCUGGUCGAUUUCUUACUGGAAUCAGACCACAGGAAUAUUUCUUCCAUUGUAUGGCUGGUAGAGAGGGUUUGGUAGAUACAGCUGUUAAAACUAGCCGUAGUGGAUAUCUACAAAGAUGUUUAAUUAAACAUUUAGAAGGUGUUAUAGUUAAUUAUGAUCUAAGUGUUAGAGAUAGUGAUGGUAGUAUAGUACAGUUUUAUUAUGGAGAAGAUGGUUUAGAUGUCCAGCAAACGCCAUUUUUACAACCAAAACAAUUUCCAUUCCUGGUAGAGAAUCGUGUUGCAGUACAACAACAUACUAUAGAAUCAAACCCUGAUAAACACAAACACUUUAAAAAGCUGCAGAAAAGAAUAAAGAAAUGGAAGAAAUCUAAUAAUCCAGAAGUAAAAAAGAAGUAUGAUUCUGGUUUCCUGAUAUUUUGUCGAAAGAAAGGAGAUGAACUGGUCACUGAAGAAGAUAGAACAUCAACCAUGAAAAAUGGUCGGUUUAAAGCUAGUACUAAACUUUGUGAAGAAUGGAGAAAUUUAGAUGAGAAUCAAAAAGAAAAAUACAUGAAGAAAGCAUCACCUUGUCCUAAUCCUGUAUUAAGUGAAAUAUGGCCACAUGAAGAUGGUAAUGUACGAUCAGAGAGAUUAGAUUAUAUUAUAGAUAAAUAUUAUACAGAACAGUUUGAUAAUAUGAUAAAAGAAUUAGGUAUAUCAGAUGUAUAUAAUAAAGAUGAAUUUGAAUGUUUAAUUGGAAGUAAAUUACAACAGUCUUAUGCUCAGCCAGGUGAAGCUGUUGGUUUAUUGUGUGCUCAGUCUAUAGGGGAACCAUCAACUCAGAUGACAUUAAACACAUUUCAUUUUGCUGGUCGUGGUGAGAUGAACAUGACAUUAGGUAUUCCUAGAUUACGUGAGAUAUUGAUGACAGCCAGUGAGAAUAUACAAACACCAGCUAUGAAUAUACCAGUACAUAAUACACCACAAGCUAGAGCAGCUGCUAAAAACUUACAGAAAAACCUGUCUAAAGUUAGAUUAACUGAGGUAUUAAAAGACAUACAGAUCAGAGAAGAAAUGUCAAUAGAAGGACAAACAAUGUUUAAUCGAUAUAGAAAAUAUCACAUCAAGUAUCAGUUUUUACCACGUGUUUGUUAUAAAGAUAAUCUGAGUAUAAAACCUAGCUCUAUAUUGUAUUAUAUAGAGAAUUACUAUAUUAAUCAGCUGGUUGAUGUUAUAAGGAAAAGAAUGGGACAGUCUAAAAGGAACAAAUUAAUAGAUACAGGAAAUGUUAAGAGGCGAUUGGAUGAUGAUAAUGAGGAUAUACCACCUGCUCUAGAUAAUGAUGAAGAUGAAGAAUCAGCAGAUGAAGGAGAUGGCGAUGCUACAGCUGUAAAAGAGAAAGAAAGAAUGAAAGAUACCCAGGAAUAUGUAGGAGAAGAGAAUGAGAAGGGGGAAGUUACAAUGAGUGAAGAUGAAAAUGAUGAUGAUAAUGAUGAGGGAGAUGAUGGUGUUGAUGGAAUGGAUGUAGAAGAUGAUCAGAAAGAUGUUGAAAUGACAUCAGUUAAACCUUUAAGUUCUACAUCUGUUAAUGCUAGAAUACAACAUUUAUUAGCCUCUUGUCCUGAAGCUGUUGAUUAUAAAUUUGAUACAAAGAAACAAUUGUGGUGUGAAGUUGUCUUACAGUUUAAUCUGAGUGAUGUUAGACUAGAUAUUGCCUCAGUUGUUAAUGAACAUGCUAAGAAAGUUGUAUUACAUUCAGUUAGUGGUAUCAACCAAACAUUUUUAAACGAACAGACAGAAAAUGGUGAAUCUAUACUUCAUUUAAUGACAGAAGGCAUCAACUUCCAGGAAAUGUAUAAAUAUGCUGAUAUAUUAGAUUUAAAUAAAUUAUAUAGUAAUAAUUUUAAACUGUUUUCUCAAACGUAUGGUGUAGAAGCAUCUGCUAGAAUAAUACAACAGGAAUUAAAGAAUGUAUUUGGAGCUUAUGGAAUCUAUGUAGACAAUAGACACCUGUCACUGUUAUCUGAUUUUAUGACAUUUGAAGGAAAUAUUCGUCCGUUUAAUAGAAUCGGUAUAAAAAAUAACUCCUCACCAUUGUUAAAAAUGACAUUUGAAACAACAAUGGCAUUUUUAGUGGACUCUAGUAUACAUAGUAAUAUAGAUAGAUUAAAGUCACCAUCAUCAAGAAUUAUUGCAGGACAAGUGGUAUCAUGUGGUACAGGUAGUUUUGAUGUGUUACAACCUUUAAUUUAAUUCGUGGUGUAUUCAAGUGCAUAUAGUGAAAUCAGUGGUGUUAUAAAUAUUAAAGAAAUACACCUUGGAAUGAAAAAAAGACACAUUAAGAUGGUGGCAUGAAAUCAAUAUGAAGGUUUAAUCUUAUCUGACUACACCACCUGUAUUUAGGUAUAAAAAUAAGAGUGUAGAUUUAUAAAGUUUGAUUUGUUCUAUGAAGUGAUUAUUUGUCUAUUGUAAGAUCCACAGAUAGAGCCAAUGUUGAGAUAUAGCUGAUUUUAUUUUCAACAGUUGACGGGUUAAACUAACUUCUGCUUAAUAUUUCCAAACAUCAAUUUAUUGGAUAGAUUUUGUUCUAUGACUAUAUAAGAAACAUAGACCAAGUCAAUUUGUGUAAAUUAAAUUAUUUAUUCAUUGUUUAGAUGUUCCAUUAAUCACUGAUACUAUAAAUAGAUAUUUCAAAUGUUUAUAGGAAUUAACUCAUUGAUUUUGAAGUAAUUGAAGAAUUCUGUCAGUUUUGGAUAACAAUAAGGUACUUUGUAGUAAUGGGUUAGAAUUGGGAGAUAUUUGUUAAUAUUUGGCACUUGAGCAACGAGGUACUGAUACUGUAAAUAGACUUUUCCAGUUUAUCUUAAUAAUUUUGCUAAUUUCAUGAAUUAACUCAUGUUUUUUUUUUGUUGUUUUUUUUUUUUUGGGGGGGGGGGGUAUAAUUCAACCACUGAAUAAUUCAUUUGCAUCAUUUUUGGACCUAAUUGGUUUGUUUUAAACAAGUAUGUUUGAAUGUGUAUGAUCUUAACAUUUAUUCAGUCAUGUUUUAAUAAUUUGAAUAUAUUGUGAUUUUGUUAAAAUGAUUAAUUCUGUUAUAAUGGUUUUGUUAAUGAAUGUGAAUAUUAGGGUAAUGUGUGGUAAGUACAAUUGAAAAGUUUCUAUAAAGAUGUUGACUUGCUCUAUCCUAACUACAUAACUUAAUUGUAUGGUGCUAUAGAAGAUAUGUAAAUUAAAAUUAAUUCAAAGAUAAUAUUUGACUUUUAUAGGACCACAUUGAAAUGAACGUGGUAUAUCCUGGUACAUUCAUUGGUCGGUAGUCCACAAUUUCUAGUGUACACUCAACAGACUUCAUCUAUCCUUGAUUUCAACACUCUCUGUUAAUUUCGUCUAAGAUUUAUGGACAAGGAGUAGGUCACAAGUCCAACCUCGUGGGUUUUCUCUGGGUCCUCCGGUUUCCUCCCAUUACUAAAGACCUGUAGGUACGAGUGAAUUAUUGAAAUAAAAUUGAACCAUUUGUAAGUCCCGAAAUGACCUAGUUUGUGUCUAGUGGACGUUAACCUACCUCUCUCUCUCUCUCUCUCUCUCUCUCUCUCUGUCUUUGUACAACCCUGUAAAUGCUAACAAUAGUUAUCACUCCAUCUAUAUGAAAUUUAUUAUUUAAUUAGUUAUAAGAGUAAUGACCCUUGCUUUACUUUCUGACACCUUGUUAACUCUCAAACGACAAAUGUUAUUCGAUUUGUAUUAAAUUGAUAUUGGUGUCUUGUAAACGUUCCCAUUACCCAAAACAGAAAAAAAUAUGAUACA